AGCCAUUGUGAUCUUUUCCAACCCUCGUCGUCUCGCUCAUCGUUCACUGUUCGAACCCUUUCUCUCUCUCGCUCUCUAAUUUUUCUUCUUGGUCCUGCGCUGCUGCGAUCGACCGAUCCUGGUCUCGCGUUUCUGUAGUGUUUUUGUUCUUCGUGUGGCUGCGUCGAUUCGCCUCGGGCACGCCGUUCUUCCCACUGCCGGAUCUCGUCGUCUUGUUCCGGAUUGCUUGAAUUAUUCGCUCGCAAUCGCCGCCACCUCUCUCUCUCUUCCUUUUGCUUCUGCUCCUUGCUUAUUGUGGACUUCUGCUGUCAGUGCUCGACUCUGUGCUCGACUCUAUGCCAUGGUGUUUGUGUGCGUACCUUUUGCGAUCGGUUAGGUGUCGAGUUCGUUGGUGACGGUUGCUGUCGUGGACGCUGGCUGGAGAUUCGACUUGAGCGCUUCUCUGCCGCGCUGGAUGCUGUUAGUUCUUGGUUGUGAGUGGGGGUGGUGCUGAGUCUGGUGAAGGAUCAAAGUGUUUUGUGAGGUUUGGUGCUGGUACGGUACUGUGAAUUCGAGUUCUUCAUACUUCAAUUGUGCUUUCGUAACGUUGGUUUGUUGACAACCCUGACCGUGCCGUUUUUUAGACUGGACGUAUUGCAGCGCUGUUGCUUCGGAAUCACGAAGUCAUCAUUUGUGGUGGGAUAGUUUUGGUCACAGCAGGAUUGUGUUCCUCGUUCGUUGUUUAAGUCUUAGGAAAAAACAAUUUCCUAGUUUGAUGCUUCUAUGUGAACCUUCUCUGGUGCUGUGAAAUCAUCUGCAGUUUAAAGACUGCUUGCAUCCUCAAAUUACAGGGAAGUGGGAACUCAGUCUUGUACUAGUGCGUGGCGCUCGGCAUUUCUGGCUUCUUUUUGAGAAUCGAGCUGUAGCUUUAGCUUCUUGAAUCCUAGUUCGUUUACGGAGGUCCUGUGUGUUCUCUAAGGUUGCCAUUUGGAAGUUCCGUACUUUUCCGUGUUUGCAGUGGUAGUAGCGUAAUUAGUUGGUCUUCAUUCCCUGUACUUGUUUCGCUUUGGUGCGGUAUCACUGCUGUUUGAAUCUCAUCACUGUGAACCUGCGUCCUCGGUACAGUUACCCUUUCUUCGUCAGGAGUUUGGUGCUUAGAACUUCAGUUUUGUAUUCUGCCUUUUUUCUCUGUAUCUUAUACAAACUCUACGAGUUACCCUUCUCACUGUAGUUCUCUUCGGGCUUUUAAUUUUGAUAGCAGUCUGAACACAUUUUUCUUUCGGCUUUGGGUCUUUUGUGAUCCUCAAGUCCUUCCCCCUUUCAUUUGAAGGAUAAUAUGCUUGCUCGUACCAUCGAUUUUCGGUGAACUAAAGGAUAUUACAAGCCGUCCUCGUGACUACCUUAAAGAGACUAUCUUCUUCAUUUAGGAGGCCAUGCUGCGUGGACCUCUAGACUCUCGUCGCCGAAUCUGGUUAAUUCUAAUCGAGGGAGUAGAAGACCUUUUCCGCUAACACUGCGUGCAACCGCGAAAGUACCACACUUGCUAACGAAGUGCUGCGACAAACGGCCCGAAUUUCUUAGCUAUCAUCCAAUUUUCGGUGACGGCUUGUGUGGCUCAUUUGCUUAUUAUAAGAAGUUAAGAAGAAUAUCGUAUUUAUUUAAGGGGUUUUAAAGGUAGCAGGCCUUUCGAAGAAUGGUUGCAUAUGUGGCCCCAAUAGCUCACACGAAGAGUGAGCACUCUGGCUCCACUGUGGCAGGUGGUGGUUUCACUAUCUCACAGGAAUGGCCAACCUACAGUGCCGGAAUGACGAUCAAUGACUCUGGCAAUCGGUCUGAAGGUGCUCGUGCUGCGCAAGUGUCUCCAGUCACCCUUCCACCCGUCCCCACACUUACCCUCCCACCCUCGCUUACCCUUCCGAAGUCGGAGCCUCAGCUGCAUCGUAAAACAGAAGGAGAUGUUGCAGAUUACGACUUGUACAUGCAUGGCCGGAAACGAUCCAAGCUUCAUGACUCUGGUUCUUCUCCAGUGUUACAGAGUUCUGGUCGUUUUUCAUCAGUUACACUCGAACAUGUCAAUGGAGGUGGAUCUCCUCAUCCAGUUAGGAACCCACAAUCGCCUGUACUGAGGAAAAGCAGUUCAAUGCUUCCUCCUAUGCCUAUUUCUGUCUCUCAAGCUUCAUGUAACCCACUUGAAGAACCCAGCCCGCUGGGCUUGACCUUGAAGAAGACACCAUCGCUUUUGGACCUCAUUUCUUUACAACUCCAGAACAGUGCCAAUGCCCAAGCUGCUGAAUCUGAAAACUCUGCCCAAGGCUUUGGCAAACCUAGAAUUGGGAAAUGUUUGGCUCCAACUGGGUCCAAUAAUCAAGACAAGCUUAAGGCUUCCAAUUUCCCAGCAUCAACCCUGAAGAUUGGAACUUGGGAGCGUGCAUCUAGAUACGAAGGUGAUUUAGUGGCCAAAUGUUACUACGCCAAGCGAAAGCUUGUCUGGGAGGUGCUGGAUAGUGGACUCAAAAGUAAGAUCGAAAUACAGUGGUCUGAUAUUUCCGCGAUGAAAGCUACUUGUCCCGACAAUCUUCCUGGUUCCCUCGAGAUCGAGGUUUCUCGUCCUCCUCUGUUUUUCAAGGAAACAAAUCCUCAGCCAAGGAAGCACACUUUAUGGCAAGCUACCACCGAUUUUACAGGAGGUCAAGCAAGUAUUUGCAAGGUUCACUACCUGCAAUUCCCGGAAGGUGUUUUGAACAGACAUUAUGAAAAGCUUGUCCAGUGCGAUCCUCGGCUGAAGGCGCUUGUUGACGGAACUCUGUCAGGAUCGGCUCCUCGUUAUGAUUCGAGUGAAUCUGGUGUAGAAGGUCAAUCAGUGCUGCAGCGUACAAAAUCUCGGAAUGCACUGGGACAUGUAUACGAUGGGUUCAGUAAUAGACCCGACUCUCCCUUGUCUCCCUAUUCACAUUUACAAGGAAGGACAGGAUGUCCUGCUGUUGCUCCCGAACUCGAGUCGGAUGUCUUGAACCGUAGCAACGAAACAUCCUCUCCAAGCUCUGUGAUGGAGGUCCGCAGACGUGAGGAGGGUGGUGACAGUGAUAGCGGGGAGUAUUAUGGCGACUUGGGAAGUUACAGUCCCUAUCCUGUUGAUUCAGCUUACUCUUCUCCAAUGGGCUACGAUCUUCCGGAAUUGAAGCCACCAAUGAAUAUUUAUUCAGGGAGUGGUGGCGUGUCAGCUGCAAACAGACAGAUCUUGGACGAGAUUGCGCAGGUGUUGCUCGGAGACUCAUCUGCCUCACUCUCAAACGAGCAAGCAAUCCUCCUUGCCGCCCGAAUGGGCUCUAUGCAAGCUGUCAUAGCUAGAGACUUUCAGGCUGGCCCUCCUUCUCAGCCAGUUUUUGAUGGUUUUUCUGUUUUGAGUGGAAACUCUGGGUAUUACAAUAUGAACACCGGACGAAGCAUUGGUACGGACAAUGGGCAGGCUGACAACAAUUUUGACAGUAAUAGUAGGUUAUCAAAAUGUACCAGUAUGUUGGAACCCUCAUUCAACUCAGUCGGUCAGUGUCUCAACAAAAACCCUUGCACAGGAGAGUUACUAAUGAAUCUACCCCGUGUGGCUUCGUUGCCUCAACUUUUUGAGUCUGUCUCUCAGGGGCCGCUUUCAAGAUUCAUGGGUAUCCAAUGAAUUUCUAAAGCUGGUGUUUACCCAUGGAUAGAUACAAGUCUUGUACCACCUCAGCAGAUAUCUUGUGAAUUGGAGCAUUCUAGCAGUUCCGUUUGUGUAGACACACUGAUAUGAGUAGGACUGAUCUGCUGAUUUAUAGUCCAGCUCCCACUUGCUCCAUCAUUUGCAUGGAGUACGGCUUGAUAUAUUCAUUUUCAUUAUGAUAAAAACCCCAAAAAACCGUAUAGGUUAUGUACUAUGUGAUAUUAAAACCUUUCGUUGUAGGCAUCUGAGAACAUCGAGUUUCUUGGUGGUAGUAACCCCAGAAUAUGUUCCUGAUGCCGUCCUGGUCAACAUGCUCGAGGAUCAGAAGGUUCUCUCGCUCUCUCUUUUAAUACACUGUCCGCUGUUACUGAUCUUCAA